AUACCGGAAGCGCCCUUUCUUCUUCACAUUUCAUUUUCUGUAUCUAUCUAUUUUUACAUACUACAUACACAUAUACAUACACAUCUUAUAUAUCUAUAUACAUCAUCAUCUACUUUUUUCACCACUUGCAAACCCCCCCCCUUUAUAUUAUUUGGGAGCAGCCAUGGAGCUUGACUUUUAGUCUUUCACCUAUUCAAUGACUCAAACUAUCUACUUAGUUUAAUUUCAAGAAGCUGAGUGGAAAUCGCGUGGACGUGGAUAAGUUCUUCCAGAUCUCCGGUCAAACCAAUAAAUUGUUUAAUACAUUUCUGUUCGAGAUAUAGUUCAAAAGUUUUACAUAAAGAAUAACUCAUCUUGAAGACAGUGUGACUGUAUCACCAUAUCUGUCUUGUACCGAUUUGCUGUCACUCAAUGGGUAUUUUUGAAGAAAUGAAUUUCUCUGGUAACCUUGAUUUCUUCUCAGCUCCUAUGGGGGAGGGAGAGGUGGUACCCGAAUCUGAACAUGAUGCAAAUGUAGAUGAUGAUUACAGUGAUGAGGAGAUGGAUGUUGAUGAGCUAGAGAGGAGGAUGUGGAGAGAUAGAAUGCUUUUGAGGCGGCUUAAAGAGCAAAAAGGCAAGGAGGGGGUUGAUAGCGCUAAGCAGCGCCAGUCUCAAGAGCAAGCACGGAGAAAGAAAAUGUCUCGGGCCCAAGAUGGUAUCCUAAAGUACAUGCUGAAAAUGAUGGAAGUAUGUAAAGCCCAGGGUUUUGUGUAUGGCAUCAUUCCUGAGAAAGGAAAACCAGUCAGUGGAGCCUCUGACAAUCUUCGUGCCUGGUGGAAGGAGAAAGUCAGGUUUGAUAGGAAUGGACCUGCUGCAAUUGCUAAGUACCAAGCAGACCAUUCCAUUCCUGGAAAGUUCGAGGAUUGCAACUCUACCUCUUCAGCUCACUCUUUGCAAGAGCUCCAGGAUACUACUCUAGGCUCCCUGUUGUCUGCUCUGAUGCAGCACUGUGACCCGCCGCAGAGGCGGUUUCCGUUGGAAAAGGGUAUUGCCCCACCAUGGUGGCCAACUGGAAAUGAGGAAUGGUGGCCCCAACUGUGCAUUCCUAAAGACCAAGGCCCCCCUCCAUAUAAGAAGCCUCAUGAUCUGAAAAAAGCUUGGAAGGUCAGCGUCUUAACUGCUGUGAUGAAACACAUGUCUCCUGACAUUGCCAAGAUCCGCAAGCUUGUGCGGCAGUCUAAGUGCUUGCAGGAUAAGAUGACAGCCAAGGAGAGUGCUACUUGGCUGGCAAUUAUUAACCAAGAGGAGUCAUUGUCACGAAAGCUGUACCCUGAUAUGUGCCAUUCGAGUCCGUUGGCUGGCGGCAACGGGUCAUAUCUCAUCAGUGAAACUAGUGAUUAUGACGUUGACGGAGUGGAUAAUGACCAUAACAUUGAUGUUGAGGAGUGUAAACCUCAGGAUGUGAACUUUUUCCUGGGGACGGUUGAGCCAAAGAAUAGGCUAGUGGCGCCACCAUUUGUUCCUGUCAAGGGAGAGCUUGUUGACGGAGUUGCCGAUUUUGUGCAAAAAAGGAAGUCACCAGCUGAUGCUCAGCAAAUGACCAUAGAUCAGAAGGUCUACACAUGCGUGUAUCCGCAGUGCCCUUACAAUGACUAUCGGUUGGGCUUUCAUGACAGGAAUUCAAGACACACUCAUGAGAUCAGUUGCCCACACCGUGUUGAUUCUUCUCAGGGGAUAUCUGUACCGACCUUUCAGAUCAACAAAGAUGAUCCAGCUGCCUUUUCUAUACCUUUUGCUCCACCGAACUCCACUGUUCAACCGGUGAACAAGCAGCCUCCUUUCAAUGCUUCUGUAGUUGGCCUUCCAGACGACGGGGAGAAGAUGAUCUCUGAGCUCAUGUCUUUCUAUGACAACAAUAUACACCAAAACCAGAACCAGAACCUGAACAUGAACAGCGGGAAUCUUAACAUUCUAGGAGAUCAUAAUAUGCAACAGCAGAAGUUUCAGUUGGAUGAUAACUUUUUUGGACAGGGCAUUGUAAUGGGAGACAACAUAUCUCAAGGAACAAGCAUUCCCCUGAACCAACCUGUGUACCCAUCAACAGAUUUCCAAUUUGGUCAGUGUAAAGCAUAUGAUUCAGUCUUCGAUGCCAAUUCUAAUGGCAACCCCUUGGACUUCCAGUACGGUUCACCCUUCAAUCUAGGGACAGCUGAUUAUACUGCAGAUCCACUUUCAAAUCAGAACGGUUCCAUGUGGAAAGGCUGGGGAGGUUCAUUUGACUGUGGACUGUGAUCAACUUGCAAAGGCUGUUUCGUGUUGCGUGGUUAUGCUAGGUUAAGCCGCUUGCUUUGUUUGUUACUGUUAAUUUACUACCUGUUAUGAUUGUCUGAAUAACUUUGUAAACUUGGUUUCGUCUUACAGCUUUGUUUUGAAUUAGGGCCGUCUAGGUACUGUAGCUGGUGAGCGUUAUAAAAGAUCGGGGUAGGAAUCAACCCAGAUUCUGUAAUGUGCUGUGUAAUUUGUAUUCGUUUCUGGUGUAUACAAUAUAAGUCAAAACAGGCAAGAUGCUGCGAUAUAAUAAGUGUUUGUUAAUCUGGUUAUAGUGACCUUUUUAAUAACUGUGAACCGGCAAACUAUUGCCAUGUAAUUUUCAUCUGGUAAUGGUAAACUUUUUAAUAAUUGUGUGCC